AUGGAGAUGAGACGUUUACGCGUGAUUAACCAACUUAACUCCUAUGAUCUUGAGGAAUCCGAUAGUGAAAGAGGGAGAUCUCCAGAUAAUUUUGCAGAAGGUCACGGCAAUUUGCCGUAUAGGUACGAACCCUAUGCCUCCGACGCCGAUGCCGAUGGUGACGAUGAGGGUAGCGGGAGUGAAGAUGGUGAACCAGCUGCUACAGGGGGCAUUCCUGCCGAUUUUAGUAGGCUGACCAAUAUUGAAUGGUGUCAAUGUGGCACAUGCUCUUAUAUCAAUAUGGAAAAACCGGAAGAGUGUGUUUGCUGCAUUGAGCUUGAGAGGGUGAGAGAGAAGAAUGAGGGUCAAGCUGGGGAUUGUAUAACACAGCACCCAGCUUUCCAAACAGUCUGUCUGGACCCAGAUGUACUUGAUGUAGCCUACAGCCACUACAAGCAACAUUAUGGGCCGAUGGACAAAUUCCAAAAUGAACGCCGCAGAUAUACAGCCUAUCGUCAGUUUGUGCGCUGGAUAUGGGACUUCCUUGGUAAAAACAUCAGAGUACCGCUACCUGCAUGUGUUGUCACACAUGUAAGACAGAGAUAUCCUUCACCAGAAUUUACAGGUUUCCUGGAUGUGGAGUCUGCUUCUUAA